AUGCUCACUUUUUAUAAUGUCUGCUCAAUACCCAGCUCCUUUCAGCUCAUGGGCAUCCCAGGACUGGAGUCUCUGCACAUCUGGCUCUCCAUCCCCUUUGGUUCCAUGUACUUGGUGGCUGUGGUGGGGAAUGUCACCAUCCUGGCUGUGGUAAGGGUAGAACGCAGCCUGCACCAGCCCAUGUACUUCUUCCUGUGCAUGUUGGCUGUCAUUGACCUGGUUCUGUCUACUUCCACUAUGCCCAAACUUUUGGGAAUCUUCUGGUUUGGUGCUGGUGGCAUUAGUCUGGAUGCCUGCUUGGGCCAAAUGUUCCUUAUCCACUGCUUUGCCACUGUUGAGUCGGGCAUCUUCCUUGCCAUGGCUUUUGAUCGCUAUGUAGCCAUCUGUGACCCACUCCAUCAUACCACGGUGCUCACUCACACUGUGGUGGGUCAUUUGGGGCUGGCUGCCCUCCUUCGGGGAGUAAUCUACAUUGGACCUCUGCCUUUGAUGAUCCGCCUGCGGCUGCCCCUUUACAAAACCCAUGUCAUCUCCCAUUCCUACUGUGAGCACAUGGCUGUGGUCAGCUUGACUUGUGGUGAUAGCAGGGUCAACAAUGUCUAUGGGCUGAGCAUUGGAUUUCUGGUGCUUAUCCUGGACUCAAUGGCUAUUGCUGCCUCCUAUGUGAUGAUUUUCAGGGCCGUGAUGGGGUUGGCCACCCCUGAGGCCAGGCUUAAAGCCCUGGGGACAUGUGGUUCUCACGUCUGUGCCAUCCUGAUCUUUUAUGUGCCCAUUGCUGUUUCUUCCCUCAUUCACCGAUUUGGUCACCAUGUGCCUCCUCCAAUCCACAUGCUGCUGGCCAACUUUUAUCUCCUCAUUCCUCCAGUCCUCAAUCCCACUGUCUAUGCUGUCCGCACCAAGCAGAUCCGAGAAAGGAUUCUCCAGAUCCUGAAAAUAGAAGCUAAGAUCGGAUGA